AUGGAAUUAUUAAAUAAUGAAGAACGAGAAUUGUUGUCUAAAUACAAUAGAUAUUUGACUAAAGACAAAAUAUAAGAACCAUUAAAAUACUCAGAUAUUUUUAUGGGUAAACAUGAUUUAAAUGAAAUACCUUAAAAAAAAGAAGAAAAAAAAAUUCAAAAUUCAAAAUUACAUAUCAAAACUUCAUCUGCCAGUAAGUGUGAUUAAUUCAAAGAUAUUAUCAAUGAAUUAAACAAUGUAAAUAGAUAGAUGCAUUUCUAGGUUUAAAAUAAAUAAUUAGAAAAUAUUAUGAAAAGCAGUUCUGUUUUUGAAGAAACUUAAAAAGAGAAACAAAUUGAAGAAUGUGAAAUAUAAGUUUUCAAUAAAAUUACAUAAUAAAAAACUAAUAAGAAUUCAGAUAGACCAGAAAAAUAACCUAAAUAAUAAAAAUCAUUGUCAAAAGAGUAAAUGAAAAAGCAAUAAGAUAAUAAACCAAAAAAGAAUAUUAAUAUAUCAGAUUAGUAAUGUACAAUAGAAAUUUAAUAGUAAUUUAAUGAGUAUGUUAACAAUUCUUAAAUUUUUUAGGAAAUUAUUAUAAUAACUCAAUAAAUUGAUUUAGUUAAAGAAGAUUGAUAACCAAUUUUUUUUAAGUUUGAUUUCUAAACAUAUAAAUGAAUGCCCUUCGUUUGGAAAAAGAUUAAAAGAAGAAAUUAAAGAGAUAUUAAAUUAAUUAUUAUGA